AUGGCCCAUUUUGACGCUUAUGGUCGCCCUCUACGAGGCGAUUCAGGGCCGGAAUAUGACUAUGAGACCUACGAGACCUACAAUUUCAAUGAUACCAACAGGCAUAUGCCUGCCUAUUCAAUCCCCUCGACCUCGAAUAGAUAUCCUACCGAAUCUCGAGAUUCACCGUAUGCUUCCCAAAGCGCAUCAAGUGUACCACCACAUUCACCACAACAGUCAUACCCAUCAAACAAUAAUACCAUGGGAACAGCAUAUGGCUCCGACCGUGGCACUGCUGUAGAUCACGAUGCAGUAUCGCCGGAGAUAAUUGCAGCAAUCACGGAAAAGGUCAAAAGAGAACUCUUUGAACAUCUGAAGCAAACAGGCUCCAUUGAUGACCAACCGCGAGCCUCAUAUAUGCAACGCGAAUAUUCCGAGAAAUCCAACUCUACAAAUCAAUCUCCUCCCCCUCUAGAUAACCGCAGAGUUUACACUCCUCCUUCACCAACUUCCACUACCAAACCAACCUUUUCCCCUCCACCUACAGAACCUAUGAGAUCUCCUCCGGCAAGUCCUUCCUCGGACAAGCCCUCCGUAAGGUUUAAUGACCGUGAUCGGGAUCGUGAUCGUGUUUACAAUGAGCGACCGGCGCAGAAAGUUCACCGCACAUACUCGACCUUGGAAUUAUCUACGAUUGAUCAAAAAUGGGGUCGAUUGUUCGAUAAUGAUUCUCGGCCUACGGAAAGAUUGGGACAGUUCUUGAGAGGACUUGCGAAUCAUAUUGUCGAUGAUUUUGCGCCUAAAAGGAGCAUUGUGAUCACACCUUCGAAAAUGGCAACAUAUUAUAGCUCGUACCCUAUUAACAACAAGGAAAUUCAUCCAUAUGUUUCUAUUUUCAAAAAUUUGUCCAGUACGCAAAUAUCGAAGCUAUACCAAGAUCUGGGAUGUCAACAUCACCUCGUCCAAGAAGAUUUCCAUUCGGCUCCUACGAUACCGGCCUUGACUCCACUUGGAUUUGCACAUUGGAUGACGAUUCAGAUUUCCGCUUAUCCUAGCGAAGAAUCCGAGAGGUUAGGAAAAGUUGUUCUAGCUUUACCGAUUAAUGCCGAUGGGCAAAUGGUAGAUGGAAAACCGGAACGUUUACCAAAACAGAUAUCACGCCACUUGUUACCUAAUACCGGGGACCGUGAAUUGGAGAAACUUAUGAGGACUUCAUUAUCUCACUUCUCUGAUGAACUUGGAAUUCCUCAUAGCAGCAGAAGCAAGCCAACAACCUCGAGCGUACCACUUCGUCAGACAUCACCCACUGAUAGAUCGCAAUCUCGUUCUGAUGAUACACCUCAACCCAGGGCCUCCUCAUACACAGGCCCGACUAGCAAGCCUAUAGAACGAGAACGUAUGCCUUAUGCUGGAGCACCUUCGGCCCCAUCUGAGUCGUCGAGCGUCGACGAGGGACCAAGUGUACCGAUUGAACGCGAAAGAAAACCAUAUUCCGCCCAGCCUGGUAGUGGCAAGACUCACACCGAAACCAGUAAUCCUAAUUUCCCAAACAGGCCUGGACGGGCGAAUUCCACUAGCCGCGCAAAAGAGCCGCAAGAACGUGAACGUAGUCGGUCAAGACACACACGUAGGCAAAGUAAUGCAAGCCAGGAUAAUUAUAAGCCACCGCCGCUAUCAUCUUCGAAACGCAGUCGUAGCCCUCAAUUCAAGAGCUACAGUCAUUCUACACCUACCAAUAUUGAUAUUGGAUCCAGCACUUAUGUGCCAUCGCCCGCCAGUUUCCCACCCGCCUUCGCACCCUCGUCAUAUGGAUCGACUAAUUCCUUCCCUCCGCCACCUUCUUCAGAUAUGCGGGACUCGAGAGACAGGCGACGAGAUGAUCGGUCUCAUCGCAGAGGAGCAGAAGAUGAUCGUUUCUCAAGUACUACCCAUAUCAAUGAUUUCUCAAGUCCGAGAGAUGCCGAGAAAUGGGAUAGGUUACACGAGGGACUAGAUUCGAGAAGUAGCGAUUAUGACCGUGAUCGACCCACUAAAACUACGGGCUCUGCAUACAGUGAACACACAACUAGGAGCUCGUAUAUGGAACCCACAGUCGGCGCUGAUUAUGAAGAUUGGUAUCGAGGUAGUGGGUUGGAUAAGAGUAUGAGGAAUAGUAUGUAUUACUGA